CUGAGGAGUCGCAUCGACCGGAUAGAGCUUCACAGAGCCUCCGCUUAAACUUACACUCUCUCUCAAAAAAAAAAAAAAAAAGUGUAUAUAUGCAUAUGUAUAUAUUCAUAUAAAAAAUUACAAAUAAAAACAACUAAAGAGAAAAAUAGAAGGCAAGCAGAGAUAACACAAAAAGGAGAGAAACGACCAGAAGACAAAAAAAUGAUUUAAACCAAUGAAGCCGAAGAGUUGCACCCAACAGUGUAGAUAUCAUAAUCUGUGAACAGCACCACGAAUGACAUUAGACUGCAGCGAAGAUAAAGGAAUACACGCAUAUUAAAACGCCAGCUACAGUCAGGGGUGGCGUGGAAAACCACCUCAUUUAUUACAAUUCAUUCUUAAAAAGUUGCAGAUGAGGCAGAAACCGAGAACUCCAUGAGUUGUUUGUUUUUUUUACAUUCUGAAGUGGAUGUGGAACGAAUUGAUCCUCGAAAGGAUGAACUGACCUCCCGUUUCCAGUUCCCGAGGGUUCUGUUAGAAACAGUGCCUGACACCACAAGCCGGCUGUGCGGAUUGUACGUCUCAUAACUUUGGGGGUUUUACACGUACAAGAUGACAUCGGAGUACUUGCUCAGGUCACUCCUGCUUCUCAUUCUAGCGCUGUUCUCCGCUAAUGCCAGCAACUGGUUGUACCUGGCCAAGCUGUCGUCGGUGGGCAGCAUCUCGGAGGAGGAGACCUGUGAGAAGCUGAAGGGUCUGAUCCAGCGGCAGGUUCAGAUCUGCAAGCGCAACGUGGAGGUGAUGGACUCGGUGCGGCGCGGCGCCCAGCUCGCCAUCGACGAGUGCCAGUACCAGUUCCGCAACCGCCGCUGGAACUGCUCCACCCUGGACACGCUGCCCGUCUUCGGGAAGGUUGUCACACAGGGACUGUCUGUUGCAGGCACGCGGGAGGCUGCCUUCGUGUACGCCAUCUCCUCGGCAGGCGUGGCGUUCGCUGUGACCAGGGCCUGCAGCAGCGGAGAGCUGGAGAAGUGCGGCUGUGACCGGACUGUGCACGGAGUCAGCCCUGAGGGUUUCCAGUGGUCAGGCUGCUCUGAUAACAUCGCCUAUGGGGUGGCUUUCUCUCAGUCCUUCGUGGACGUCAGGGAGAGGAGCAAAGGGUCGUCUUCCAGCCGGGCGCUGAUGAACCUCCACAACAACGAGGCCGGGAGGAAGGCCAUCUUAAGCAACAUGCGCGUAGAGUGCAAAUGCCACGGCGUGUCGGGGUCCUGCGAGGUGAAGACCUGCUGGAAGGCCAUGCCUCCCUUCAGGAAGGUGGGGAACGUCCUGAAGGAGAAGUUUGACGGGGCCACCGAGGUGGAGCAGAAGAAGAUUGGCUCCACCAAGGUCCUGGUGCCCAAGAACUCGCAGUUCAAGCCACACACUGAUGACGACCUGGUCUACCUGGACCCCAGCCCAGACUUCUGUGAUCACGACCUGAAGAGCGGGGUGCUGGGCACGGCCGGGAGGCAGUGCAACAAGACCUCCAAGGCCAUUGACGGCUGUGAGCUGAUGUGCUGCGGCCGGGGCUUCCACACGGAGGAGGUGGAGGUGGUGGACAGGUGCAGCUGCAAGUUCCACUGGUGCUGCUACGUCAAGUGUAAGCAGUGUCGGAAAGUGGUGGAGAUGCACACGUGCCGGUGAUCGGCGCACACCCACACCGUGGCACUUGGACUCUACAACCUCACCGUAAACAAACAAGAAAAAAGGACAGCUGGACAAAAAAAAAAGGAGCAAUGAAGAAAGUUCCAGAGACUCCGUUGUUUUCUAAUUUAAAAGCCCCAAAGGAGUUGUAUGUGUCUUCAUUUUUUUGUUUUGUUUUGUUUUGUUUCGUGGUUGUGAUUGUUUAAUUUAUUGGGGACUCCUGACUGAGGCGGUGGUGGUGACCCUGAGGCCCUGACGCUUCAGGGUAAAGGAACUCAUCUUUAACUCAUGCUGCUUUUGGGACCGAUUUGGAGGACGGCUUUGAGGGGAAUUGCAAACGAGCAAUGAAGAGACUUUGAGACUAAUUAACAAAUAAGUAAACAUUUAAAUAAAUAAACGAAUAGAUACAACUCAGUCCAGGUGUACAUUUAAUAAAAAGGACAGUCAAGUUCGUAAGAAACAACGCGUGGGUCAGACUGAACAGAGACAUGCCCCGUCCGUUCAGAGUGUCUCCGACGUGUGGUGGGAACUCCCUCUUGUUUAAUUGAAGCGAUACACCUGUGUAAAGGGCUUUGUAGUCUACCCUAGCAGUCAUUUCGAAGGCAGGGGCUGUGCUUUGGGAUUAUGCUGUUGCCACAUUAGCAUAAUUUCAUUGGCCACUCAAAUGUUCCUUUCCCAUUGGUGGGUUAUAAAAACACAAAAGAACCAAUGGAAACGCCUGCUUAUAUCUCUGGACUGACCGACGAGGAACCCCUCAAUACUGCUUUGUCCACUACUUAUCUGAUCCCAUGUAAACACUGCUCCCAAGCCAAAAACUGUGAUAACGGAGAAACUGGCUAUGGUCCUCUGUAAAGAAUACUGUAUGUCUGUAAAUCUGAUUUCCAGAUGGGUUCAUUCUUGCUUGUUCUUGGUAACAUAGAUGGAGAUGAUACAGGGUGAUUUGUACAUUAUUACAGAAAUUUAUGUUUCAUUUCAGGUUUACAAGUAGACAGUAAUGGCAGAGAGGAACACAGAGAGAUGAAUGUGUGGACUUUGCAUACAUAUACAAGCCCUAGAAAGCGUGCUGGACAAUGCCUUAGCUAACUGGAAUCAAAGCACACGUUCUAUAAUAAUGUCACCCUGUCUAUAUGUUGGCUAAUCCUGCCAGUCAAAGACAUUUGUGGCCAGUUCCACAGUGUUUAUCCACAACAUCCACCUGCAGCAGUUUGCUGAUCUACCACUUGAAAUAAACAUGUGUGCUAAAUGGUUGUUCUACAAACGUCCUCAAACUUGUGCUACAGUUUUUUUUAUUUUUUUUUAUUUAAAUGAUACAGCAGAACCCUCUUAUGAACAAAUUCAUUGAAUGACCCCUAGAAUCUGAAGCAAAAUCUGUCCAUGAAAUGUGUAAAUGAUUGAACACGAUCAGAUAAAGAGAAGAGUAUACCAGUA